UCCCUCAGUCGGUCGGGAUUUUGGAACCACAGGAGAAUCACCGGAAAGGGUUUUGGUGAUAAAACAGCACAUUUUGGGAGGAGAUACCACAUUGUAUGGACACAUAAACACACAACGAGCUACUUUAUCCUGUAUUUCACCAUGGAAACUGAACUAUGAGGUGUUGUGUAGUGCAGAAGACUGAGUGAACCAUGGCACAGUUCCCCACCACAUUCACAGGUCCAGAUGUGUUUCUGAUCUCAGUGGAUGAGAGAGCCAAACAUGAUCAGCAGUUUCUCAGCCUCUCUCCCACUGCCGGGGGUUACAUCACAGGCGACCAAGCCAGGAACUUCUUCCUCCAAUCAGGCCUACCCCCUCCCAUCCUGGCCCAAAUCUGGGCUCUGGCUGACAUGAACAGCGACGGUCGUAUGGACAUCCACGAGUUCUCCAUCGCCAUGAAACUCAUCAAACUGAAACUCCAGGGUCAUCCUUUGCCCCCUUCGCUUCCUCCCAGUAUGAUACAACCCCCGCUGUCUUUACCCCCACAGAGCGGCUUUGGCAUGCCCCCAAUGCCCCCCAUGCCUCCCAUCUCAGCCCCUCUGUCAGGUGUGCCUCCACUCCCCCUGCCGCCUCUCCCUGUCGGAGUAUCUCCCCCACUCGUGUCAUCUGCCCCGCCUCCCCUCCCCCCACCCAUCGCCAACGGAGCUCCCCCCACAGGCAUUAUGCAGCCCAUCUCAGGCUUCUCCCAUCCAGCUCCCUCUGUCAACAAGUCUUCUUCAUUUAAUCGUUCCAGUACCAAGUUGCAAAAGGGAACAUCCUUGGACGCUACCAGUGGUCAGCCUCCUCCUGAUUGGGCUGUUCCUCAGUCCUCCAGGCUGAAGUACAGACAGCUGUUUAACUCUCAUGACAAGAUGAUGAGUGGACACCUCACAGGGCCCCAGGCUCGCACUAUCCUGAUGCAGUCCAGUCUUCCUCAGGGCCAGCUGGCCACGAUAUGGAGUCUAUCAGAUAUCGACCAGGAUGGAAAGCUAACAGCUGAGGAGUUUAUCUUGGCCAUGCACCUCAUAGAUAUGGCUAUGUCAGGGUUACCGCUGCCCCCUGUGUUACCACCAGAUUACCUCCCACCCACAUUCAGGCGUGUGCGAAGUGACAGUGUUCAGUCGGACCAGAAGAGCGUCCAGGAGGAGGCAGAGGAGGAGUUGGAGAGCAACCAGGACAAGAAACUACCAGUGACAUUUGAGGAUAAGAAGAGGGAGAACUUUGAGCGUGGAAACCUGGAGUUGGAGAAGAGACGUCAGGCUCUGCAGGAGCAGCAGAGGAAAGAGCAGGAGAGACUGGCUGCACUGGAGAGAGAGGAGCAGGAGAGAAAGGAGCGCGAGCGUCUGGAGCAGGAGAGGAGACGACAACAUGAGCUAGAAAAACAACUGGAGAGACAGAGAGAAAUAGAGAGGCAGCGAGAAGAGGAGAGGCGUAAAGAGAUAGAGAGGAGAGAGGCUGCUAAGCGUGAAUUAGAGCGACAGCGUCAGCUGGAGUGGGAGCGUCAACGUCGCCAGGAGCUUCUGACUCAAAGAAACAGAGAGCAGGAGAGUAUAGUGCUGCUCAAAGCCAGGAAGAAGACCCUGGAGUUUGAACUGGAGGCUCUGAAUGAUAAGAAGACUCAGCUGGAGGGCAAACUGAAGGAUGUUCGGUUCCGUCUGUCAGCUCAGCGGAGAGAAGUGGAACAGACCAAUCAGACCAGAGAAACACGCAUUGCUGAAAUCACCUUGCUACAACAGCAGCUGCAGGACUCCCAGCAGUGGUUGGGGAGGCUAAUUCCUGAUAAACAGAGUCUCAAUGACCAACUAAAACAGGUUCAACAGAACAGUCUGCAUCGUGAUAGCCUAUCGUCCCUGCAGAAGGCUGUGGAGCAGAAGGAAACCAGCAGACAGCAGCUCAGAGAGCAGCUAGAUGCUGUGGAGAGAGAGACGAGGGCCAAACUGCUGGAAAUAGACGCUUUUAACACCCAGCUGAAGGAGCUGAGGGAGAUCCACAGCCGGCAGCAGAGGCAGAAGCAGAGGGAGCUGGAGGGAGACACACACACACUGACACACACACACCCUCACAUACACACCCCGAUUGAGAGGAACUCUGCUGAACUGCAGGAGAACAGGUUGUCAUCAGAUGAGGGCGUGCCCUGGAGGGAUGAAGGCGCAUCCUCUGUCCCCAACGCCCCCAGCCCCUCCUCCAUGUCUGCUCCCCACGCCUGGCUAAACAGAGUGACUCAGGAAGAGGAGGAGAGGAAAAGGAGAGGGAUAGAGGAGGAGGAGAAAGAGGGCCAGAAGGGAGCAGGAUCAGCAGAGGAGAAGGAGGAUGAGGUCCGAGGCAAGAAGGACAUGCAGGAGAAGCUGAGCAAGCUGUUCAGUCAGCCGACCGACCCCUGGGCUCCAUCAGUGGAGAAAGCUCCGGUUCCUAAUCUGUUUGACCAGAAGGGACAAGUUACCAGCUUCGACCAGCAGCAGUCGGUGAAGGUGGUCUACUACAGGGCUCUUUAUCCAUUUGAUGCUCGCAGCCACGAUGAGAUCAGUAUCGCCCCCGGAGACGUAAUCAUGGUGAAGGGGGAAUGGGUGGAUGAAUCCCAAACGGGUGAACCCGGUUGGCUGGGUGGAGAGCUCCGGGGUCGUACCGGUUGGUUUCCAGCCAAUUAUGCUGAACGGAUACCUGACAGUGAAGCGCCGAUCAGCCUGCGUGCAACAGCCACAGCCACGCCCACCGCAGCCCAGCAGCCAAUGAACACGCCUCCCCCAGCACCUGGACACACCUCCACCGCGUCCUCCGCCAACAGUAACUGGGCCGACUUCAGCACCACUUGGCCCUCCAACCCAGCCAGUCAAUCAGACAGCGAGGGAUGGGACGCAUGGCCGACCUCGUCAGCCAGUCAGAAUCCUUCGCUCAGCGUUCCCUCAGCGCAGCUACGGCAGCGAUCCGCCUUCACACCGGCUACAAUGACGACGGGCUCCUCCCCCUCUCCUGUGCUGGGACAGGGGGAGAAGGUCGAGGGUCUUCAGGCUCAGGCUUUGUAUCCCUGGAGAGCGAAGAAGGACAACCACCUCAACUUCAAUAAAAAUGAGAUCAUAACAGUGUUGGAGCAGCAGGACAUGUGGUGGUUAGGUGAACUGCAGACCGGACAGCGAGGCUGGUUCCCUAAAAGUUACGUUAAGCUCAUCUCAGCCUCCAUGCCUCCUCCCCCUGGUGCUGCAGCACGCAGUAAAAACACAAGAGGGAGUGCAGCUACAGACCCUGAGACAUCACCUUCUAGACAUAACCAAAGUGAGUCUGGAGUGUCAGAGAGCCCGCCCAAUGGGAAACGCCCCUCCCCUUCCCCAACAAAAUCCUCUGAGUCUGGAGAAGAGUAUGUGGCUAUGUACACCUACGAGAGCAGCGAACAGGGGGACCUGAGCUUUCAGCAGGGAGAUAUCGUUAUGGUGACUAGGAAAGAAGGGGAUUGGUGGACAGGCAUGGUGGCGGGAAAGACGGGAGUCUUCCCUUCAAACUACGUCAAACCACGAGACUCGGCCUCAGAGUCUUUGGGACCAGCAGGGAAGACGGGAAGCCUGGGAAAGAAACCAGAGAUCGCUCAGGUGAUCGCCCCGUACAGUGCUACAGGAGCAGAGCAGCUGACGUUAGCUCCAGGACAGCUCAUCCUCAUUAGAAAAAAGAACCCCGGGGGCUGGUGGGAGGGUGAACUCCAGGCUCGGGGGAAGAAGCGCCAGAUAGGCUGGUUUCCUGCCAAUUAUGUGAAGUUACUCAGUCCAAGCACCAGCAAGACGACACCCACGGAGCCUACCCCUCCGAAACUGGCUCCUGCUAGCACAGCAGUGUGUCAGGUGAUCGGCAUGUACGACUAUGUGGCCCAGAACGACGACGAGCUGGCCUUCCUGAAGGGUCAGGUGAUCACGGUGCUCAACAAGGACGACUGUGAUUGGUGGAAGGGGGAGCUCAAUGGGCGGGAGGGUCUGUUUCCAAGCAACUACGUCAAACUCACCACGGACACUGACCCGAGCACGCAGUGGUGUGCUGACCUCCACCUGCUGGACAUGCUGAGUCCCAUGGAGAGGAAGCGGCAGGGAUAUAUCCACGAGCUGAUCGUCACUGAGGAGAACUACGUCAACGACCUGCAGCUCGUCACAGAGAUCUUUCACAAGCCUCUGUUGGAGUGCGAGCUGUUGACAGAGAAGGAGGUGGCCAUGAUCUUUGUCAACUGGAAGGAGCUCAUCAUGUGCAACAUCAAACUGCUCAAGGCUCUGAGAGUGAGGAAGAAGAUGUCGGGCGAUCGGAUGCCGGUGAAGAUGAUCGGGGACAUCCUGACCAACCAGCUGCCGCACAUGCAGCCGUACAUCAGAUUCUGUUCAUGUCAGCUGAACGGAGCCACGCUGAUUCAGCAAAAAACUGACGACAACCCUGAGAUCAAAGACUUCCUGAAGAGGUUAGCCAUGGAUCCCAGGUGUAAGGGCAUGCCUCUGUCCAGCUUCCUGCUCAAACCCAUGCAGAGAGUCACACGCUACCCGCUCAUUAUCAAGAACAUUUUAGAAAACACUCCAGAGUCACAUCCGGACCACAGUCAUCUGAAAGCUGCUCUGGAGAAAGCAGAGGAGCUGUGCUCACAGGUGAAUGAGGGCGUCAGAGAGAAGGAGAACUCAGAUCGUCUGGAGUGGAUUCAGGCUCACGUCCAGUGUGAAGGCCUGUCUGAGCAACUGGUGUUUAACUCCGUCACCAACUGUCUGGGUCCCAGGAAGUUCCUGCACAGCGGGAAGCUGUUUAAAGCCAAGAGCAGCAAGGAGCUCUACGGCUUCCUGUUCAACGACUUCCUGCUGCUGACACAGGUGACUAAACCUCUGGGCUCGUCAGGCUCGGACAAAGUCUUCUCCUCGAAAACACACCUGCAGUACCGCAUGUACAAGACGCCGAUCUUCCUGAAUGAAGUGUUAGUGAAGUUGCCAACAGACCCGUCAGGAGACGAACCUCUGUUCCACAUCUCUCACAUAGACAGAGUUUACACACUCAGAGCUGAGAGCAUCAAUGAGAGGACGGCGUGGGUUCAGAAAAUUAAAGCAGCUUCAGAACUCUUCAUUGAGACGGAGAAGAAGAAGAGAGAGAAGGCGUAUCUAGUUCGCUCUCAGAGGGCGACAGGAAUUGGGCGACUGAUGGUCAACAUUGUGGAGGGAAUCGAGCUCAAACCCUGUCGCUCCCAUGGAAAAAGUAACCCAUACUGUGAGGUAACCAUGGGUUCACAGUGCCAUAUCACAAAAACAUUACAGGACACGUUGAAUCCGAAGUGGAACUCCAAUUGUCAGUUUUUUAUAAAGGACCUGGAACAGGACGUCCUCUGUGUCACUGUGUUUGAACGAGAUCAGUUCUCACCUGACGACUUCCUGGGCAGGACAGAAAUCCGGUUGGCUGAGAUAAAGAAGGACCAGGGCUCUAAAGGACCAAUCACGAAGCGGUUGCUGCUCCACGAGGUCCCGACGGGAGAGAUCGUUGUCAGGCUGGACCUCCAGCUGUUUGAAGAACCGUGAAACAAAAAAUACCUGAACAGGAUCAUACUGGACUGGACCGGAUCGGAGAGAGAUCUGAUGAUCUGGACCAGACGGUAGGGCCAGAUUGGACUGGACUGGAGGACUGGAUACAGCACAUUCAGCAGGGGGGAAAUUAAACGAAAAAAAGGACUGGGUUCACUGUAUGUCAGUUGUUUUUUUAAUAAUUUGAUUAAUUUGGAAACCUGCACCACUAUCACACAUUAUAAACUGGUUCCUGCACUGUUACACCAUGUUGUAGCUCUGUUUUGUGUCAAAACUGAGUUGUAGCCCUUGAUUAUUUUACUUUAAUUUGUUCUCAAUUUGAUGCAUUUUCCUUAAAAAAAAUACAAUUUCAUCAAAUAAUCACAAACUGACUGACAUACAGACAGUCUGGGAUGGUUAACGGCUGGAAGAAUGUCUCGUCUGCAGAUUUGUUCUGUAAAUGGAGAAUAAGAAGCCCUUAUAAUGGGCUGUACUAUUGUCGAACCACCAUGGAAUGAGAAUCCAAGUUAUUGUGUUAUUAUUCCAGUCCAGUCUACAUCUGUUCUCCUUCAGUCUGGUCCAGCUCAGUACUUAGUGGUCUGGUUUCAGUUUGAAUCCAGUCCUCUUGGAGAUCAGACAAUCCCAGCCCUCCUUCUUAGUCCCAACAAACCCAAACCCCCAGUGUGUGUGUGUGUGUGUGUGUGUGUGUGUGUGUGUGUGUGUGUGAGAGAGAGAGAGAGAGAGAGAGAGAGAGAGCGAGAGCGACUGUACAAGUGUUAAGGUGGACAGGCUAAUUAAAGGUUUUAAUCUUGUUUUUUUGUUUUUUUACGUCAGGUCUUACAUCUCUCUCAGAGUCUUCAGCUGUAAAGGUACUGCAUGUAAAGGGACAUUCUAAUUUGGGGUCUGUUUUGACCUUCACUGGACACUUGCCAUGUUAUCUCAGAAAAAGCUAAAUAUGUACAGGUUUAAUGAGAAAUACUAAUGAUGCUAAUAAGCUGAAAAUAUAGACAGAUUUUCACCCGGUGUAUGACAAGUGUCCAGUGUAAAAUAAAUAUCAAGAUGUCCCUUUAUAAUGAUGCUGAUAAUGCUAUUACAGGGAACAGGUGUGACAGAUAAUUUACUGUAAAGAAGAAUGUCUUAAUUUUUUUUAUUUCUGUGAUGUUGGGCGCACACGGGGGUCGUAGUUUUAGGUGAUUCAUGUCACACAUCUCUAACCUCUGUUACUGUAAGCUACUGCUGUUGCUGCUGUGUGGAGCUGUCACAGUGGGCGUCACUAUGCAGGGGAGGAAAAAACCCUGAAAGAAUCAGAGGGGCCCCAAAGCUGGAUAGAGGGCCCCUCGACACAUGCUACAGCAGAUACACAUGCACAUGCAGAUUUUAUAGGAGCAGCCUUUUAGACCAUUUCAAAACUCUUAACCCUGAGGAAGCUCAGUGUAAAAAAAGAAUAAAGUUACUGUGCGUCGGCACUCCCAGCACUUUUAAAACGCACACUGUCGCUGAUAUUAGAGCGGACUCGACUAAAAAAGCGGCCAUUUUGAAUAGUCAUAACAUUUAACUGGGUCUGGAAUAUCUUUUUUAAAUUGUUUAUGGGUACUGUAAUUUAGAGCAAUUCUUUCUGAAACAGGAGUUAAUAGUGCAUUUGCUUUCAGUGGCGGAUUAAUCCACAUUCGGUGCUCUAGUGAGCAUUUGGUGCAGCAGGAUGGUGUAUGUGGGAUUGAGUCACAAUAAAAGACAUGUAUGUUUAAGGACAUGGAGGAAAAUGUCACACAGUGCAACAGGGGGGCUCGUUAAUGUGUUUUUAAUGGUAUUUUGGAGCUCUCUGGCACAGAGGAAGAAAACCGAACAAAAUGUCAGCCAUUAAAGUUAAAGUUUUUGCUUCAUCACAUAAAUCUUUCCUCCCCAUAAGUUGUUUUGUCAUUAUCUUAUUAUGACCCGUAUUUAUGUUUAUUGUCAGGCAGCGAGCUCUAGUGGCUGUAGUGAUUAUGGCGGGAGUAGAGGAGGUGUUGAUGUUGUAUAAAGAGCGACAAAGUCCGCGGGGGACAAACGGCAAGGUGAAUAAAUGGGUCAACAAAUACAGGAUAUGUGUCAGAUAAUCGCUUUUUAUUUCCCAUUUUUACAUUUUUAUAUCCCGAAAGCAAAAGUAAAUAUUAAGUUAUUUUAACUGAUGUAUGUUACUUAAGUAACUUAAGUAGUAGUAGCCCAUCUAUUUGAACAUAAACAAAUCUUUUCCUAAAAAUAUCCAAGUAGGUUUGGUGCCAAAACGUAACCAAAUAACAACCUCAUAACGUAAACCCCACCUCAUUCUAACUACUUAAUGUACUGUAGUGUGGUUUGAUUUAAUAAAAAAUGGUUAAUCCAUUUACAUUUAUCCUGUUUUUAAUGUUAAAACUUGACCUGAAAUCAAACAAAGUAGAAGUACAAAGUUACUUAAAAUGGAAAUACAAGUACCUCAAAAUUGUAUUUAAGUACUUGAGCAAAUGUACUCAGUAUGUAUGAGUAUGAGGACGUGAUCUGCUGCCACCAGUAACUUAGGAAAUGCUCCUGUGGGUCGUAUAGACAGUAGAAACACUCGACUUUUGUGGUCAUAUGGGUUUAAAGACAUGUUCAAUUAUCUACCAAUUUUGACAAUAAAAGCUAUAAUGGCUGCUUAAAAUUGGCAGGGGGAACAAAUGGCUAGCUAGUUGGCUACAGCCUUUAUUGUUUUCAGUUUCUGUGGUUAUUUGUUUGGAAAGCUGGAGUAUUUAACGUGCUUUUAUUGUUCUCCUAGCUGCUGAGUACUUCCAGUGCCUUCACAUGAGGCUGUGUUGGUGAGAAUGUGCCAAAUGAAAAGGCUGCACAAGUUGCGAUGAACACUGACGUCUUUUUUUAAUAGUGGAGGGGAAUAAAUUGUAUGGAAGAUGAUUUCCACCAGUAAAAUAAAAAUAUCUGUGAUGAAAAAUAUAAUCCUGCGAGUCAUUAUAACACUUGUGAACUGUAAAAAUAAAGACUUAUUGCUUGGUAGGGCAAAGCAUUAAGAACAUUUCUCAAAAUAAAUCUCAGAAUAAAGACUUUUUUAGUAUUUUAAGAUUUUGUCAUUAUUUUGAGCAAGUUUCACAUUAAAAUGACUUACAGGAUCUUAUUUUUCAUUACCAGUUACACGUUUUCAUUUUCUUUUUUCAUACAAUUGUUAUUUUCUUGUUGUUUGACUUAAAAAACAACUAUGGAUUGUUUUUUAAUAACAUAUUUUACCACCAAAAUAAUGGCUUAAUAUCUUAAAAUAAUGACAAACUUGCUGAAAAAGAUACCAAGACAUUAUUCAUCAUUGUGUUGAGCAAGUUUCUCAUUAUAAUGACUCGUUUUUAAAUUUUUAUCUCAUUGGUGGAAAUUGGCUUCUACAGAAUUGCCACCUUUUAUUUUCUUGUUCUUUGACAUAAAAAACAACUAUUCACUGUUUUUUAAAGGGCAACAAGGUGUUAUAAGCUAAUUUAACCACCUAACUUUGAAGCAUAUCAUUCACUUAAUUUCCUUUGUUGCUAAAAACACAAACUCAGGAGUUCAUUUGCAGGCAGCGUUAAUCUUUCCCACCACGAGUAUUCAAAAUGGCCGCUGCAUUAGAUACCGCUGCCGGUUCGUUUGUUCGGCUGAAUUGUAGAUAUGUUAGUUAGCUAGCUACUUGACCAGUUAGUACAUUUAGUAAGUGAUUCUGAUUCAAUGCCACGUUACUGAAUUACCACUGAGACAACCAAUAGUUACCUUCGUGACCAGCCACUGUCCAAUCAGAAGUCAGCGAGGCUCAGCCAGUCAGUAGCUCGACUGUGGACUAAUGUUUGUUUCCUCAGACUGAAGAAGAAGAAGAUGAUGAUGAUGAGUGAUGAUGAAUUUGUCUCACACCCCUCUCCCCCUCCUCCGCUCCACACUGUACUGAAACUAAUCCAGUUUGAACCCGUUCUUACUGUCUACCUUCCAGGUUGUGUAUAAUACUACUGCUAUCUGAGAGUUAAUAUAUGAGUGCUAUGGGGGGCGAAAGAGACGGCCUGCUGUUAAUUAUCACUGUAGAAGAUGAUGUAAGUUGUUGUCUUUCAAUGUUCAGAAUAAACUUCAGUUGGACCAA